AUGCCAGAAAGAGAAGUUGUGCCCCAAGAUGAACUACAGGGCUUUGAAGACGUUUACUACCAGGAGUAUCGGUCGCAAGGUUCUCUGGUUUACACUGGUGAUGAUGUUAUACCCGAUACGUAUGCAACUGAUAGCUAUCCUGGUAAAGACUCUACCUCAUACGAGUACAUUACUUAUAAUGAAGCUUUUUCUACGCGCACCAUUAUCUUCAAAAUUCCGUUUAGUCACUUUAGACGGGGUCAAUAA